UACAAUGAAAUAGCUCAAUAGUCAAUAAUUUUAAUAUCUCUGUGCCCUCGCUCGUCCCCUACACUAUCUUCAUCUCUAACCUAGGCACGGUCGGCGGUCCGAUGGCGCCUUCGCCGGAGGAUCAUCACAAACAGCCUUCUACCGCGCGAACCAUAGGCUUCUUCAAAACCUUAGGCCUAUUUAAUAACAUUCCGGAAGCUUCAGAACGAAAAGACUUCUACUCAGACAUCAUUCGCAGUCUCCUUAAAGUUGACUACAUCGAUCGCGGCCGCGUCUUUUGCACCCUCAAGGUCAACGCUGCCGUCGUCGUAAUCCAAUCUGACCCGUCCUUUUUUAAUAUAUACAACACGCUACACGGUGGAGCUGUGGCAUCUGUGGCGGAGAUGGUGGGGCUAGCUUGCGUGCAGACAGUGGCUGGAGAUAAGGAGUUCUUCCUUGGGGAGUUCAGCACUGCGUAUCUUGCCGCAGCCGGACUUGAUGUGAGGAAAACUACUGAGGUCGAAGUUGAGGGAAGCAUCCUGAGGCAGGGGAGAAGUGUUGUUGUUACUAACAUUGACUUUAGAAUAAAGGAAUCUAAGAAGCUGGCUUACACCGCACGUGCAACUUACUACAUAAUGCCUGCUGCCAGUCUCUGAAUAGUCUAAUUCUUUCUCAAUUUUCCAAAUAUUUUCACAAGUUGAAUAUAUUUAUUUAAAAUAAAAAUAUAUCAGGAUGAGCUUCACAAUACUUCGAUCUAUUUUCGAAUCAGUGCAUUGUAAUUUUUUCAUAUAUUGCAUUCAUCUCAAAGAAUAUAUUAAUCGGAUUUGUAGAAAUUAUUGUGUACGCAAUCCAAACGCAGAAUAAGGUUUGGAU